GUUUUUGUAGUGUAGAGCCGUGGAAUGCCGCAUACGCUUAUAUAUAAUAAGUCAUAGAAUUAACUGAUUAAACUCAGGCUGCUGUUAUGAUUGUUUGUCCUUUAAAUUGAGUUAUACGCUUACAGAAGGUCUUUCGGGAGAGCGAAAAGAACAUUAUUUGUAUUUUGAAGGGUGUUCAGCUAGUGCUUAAAAAGUCUUAAAGGAAAGCAAGGCAUCCGCUUAAAGGGGUCCUAAUGAGGUCCUAGUGGUGCCCUAUUUCGGAAGCUAUGGCAAGUGUUCGCGUUUGGUUCAUUUGUGUGAAGGUGUAGACUCUUAUCGAGAUGGAUACUGAUCAGGAACUGGAGAAGAAAGCUGUUGAUGAGCUCCUCAGGGAAGCAAAUCGUGGCAGAAUCCGAGCAGAAACCAUGGGCCCUUCAGGCUGGAUGAAGUGUCCACUUCAAGGAGCUAAUAAAAGAUUUCUUCUCAAUACGCUAAGGAAUACAUUUCCAGCAAGAAAGCCAGCUGAAAGAAAACAAUCCGGUGACAAAAAGUCAGAGGGGCCAACAAAGACUGGUCAGAAAAAGGACACAGUAAGGAAACACAGCUAUCAUGCUUAUAAGUCUGAGGCCAGGAGUUGGGAUAGCUGUUCCUCAUCAACUAAGAAAAGCAGUCCCAGCAGGCACAGCUCGCCAAGCGGAAGAAGAAGAGACAAAGUUCAUAAGCAUAAGCACUCCAAAGCACGAGAAUCCAAAUAUUACAGAGAGAAGUAAUUGCUCACCUUUUAUGAAUUAGUGAUGGAAUAGUAUUUUAAAUGUGUACUCUAUAGAUUGAAGUUGCAUAAGCAGUUCUUUAUUCUGUUAACUGUUUACUUUUUGUUUUGGGUUUUUUUUUUUUUUUAUAUACCUCAGGUACUCUAUUUACUUUAUAGUGCAUGGUGUGACUGUUAAACAAACCUAAACCAGCCGAAAAAGUGGUAGACUAAUAAAAUAGAUCACCUCCCCUUACCAACCUACAACAGUACACAGGACAAGUCUUGUAUUAUUCCUGGUCCUAUCAAAUAUAUAAAACCACCUAUAGUUAAUGCCCUCCUUUAACAGUGUAAACUGAAAAGCAUACACUUAAAGAGUUGCUGCUUUGCCUUUAACACCAUUGCUCAAUUGGCUUAAUUCUCAAGGGGAUCAUUAUUUGACUAGGUGUUCUGAAUCAGUUCUGUCAAGUACCCAAAAAAAACAGGUAGCAUAAUAUUCAUCAACAAGUUGUGCCUCCUUGGAGAUAUGAAUUUUGUAUUGUUCAAAUUUCAUGUGGGGUAAGGGAGCAUGAACAUAGACUUUGAGACUGUACCUACUUGGGCACAAGUCAGGAUCUGGUGACCAGAGUGUACCUGUCCAAAUAACCACCUCAUAACGGUAAAUGAUAAAGUAGUUCCCCUUUUAAGUCAUCAUACUUGUACAUUUAUUUAAAAAAAAAAUCAAAAUUUCAUCGACAGGAAUAAAAAAAAAAUAAACAUUCUACAUAAACAUUUUUGAAAAUGUUUCUUUAAUGUUUAACUUUGAGUGUUCAGUGUCACCUGGUCCUAGGAUGCUAAGUUCAGAUUCGCCUUGACCAUCAGUAAAUAAUCCUCAACACAGAUAUUUCCUGAAAUACUUGAAAUGAACAGAAAUCAUUCCAAUAUUCGUAAGACUGUUUUGUAGAGAAGAGUGUAGAAAGUUCUACCAUACAUUUCCAUAGAAUUCCUUUAAACCUUUGAUAAAAGCAAUAAAGCUAGUAUUUCAGUGGUCAUUUUGUGCUGUUUGUAGCAUGUAUUUCUCCUACAAGUUGAAAUGCAGCUAAAUGUUCUUGAGAUUUUAUUAC